AAAGUGCUUCAAAUUUUACUGUCAACAUGUGGAACAAAUUGUUCAAAAGUAAAUCGAAAUCAUCAAAGAAUCUUUCCAACCGCUCGUGCUCCACUGGAUUGGAAGAGCGGGCACCAAAUCCCGGACCGUCCAAAUCUACCGCAAAUGGGCUAAAUCUUGUGGCCCAGUACGAGCAGUAUGGCAGCAGUUUUGGUGAAAUGCCCGAGCCCGUGCGUAUGCGAGUUCGUUCGGAUGCACACGAUCCCGAUGCACUGGAUCUGGCCAGCACCACGAACCAUCGCGAUUCGAUCGGUGUUGAAAUGUGUGGCAUUCCGAUGCGUCGGUCGAAGUUAUCUAGUGCAUUUAAAAGUUUGAGCUUGAAGCGAAGUGCUUCGAAAAGUCGGCUCAAAUUGGCUACUAAUCAGCUGGAAGCAACCGAAGGGCCCGGUACGACGGUAGUUACGGUCGACACUGAUGGAGCAGACAAGAAGAAUCUUACCGACUACGAGAUCCUAAGUGCCGGCAAACGGGCAUCACUGAGGCCGUGUAAAUCAGAUAAUAAUCUCAACGAAAAACAGCAGUACACAGAGGUUGAAAAGGAAGAGCCUGUCUACAUUGAGGAAUGCAAGUCUUACGAAACGUUCGACCCACCGUACGAAUCUCCGCCGAACCUUGAACUGCAACCGUGCCCCAUAUGUUCGAGGAAGUUUGCACCAGCAUCGCUGCACAAACAUACCAGCAUUUGUGAGCGGGUUCAAACGAAAAAACGAAAACCUUUCGAUUCAUCGCGUCAGCGAAGGGAAGGUACCGAGCUUGCGUCUUACUUGCCGAAAAAUUUUGGACUCCCACAAAAGACGGUAAGCUCCUCAAAUGAGGCAAUACCCGUUCGUAAAUUAAGCCUAAGCAAAACCCCUACAUUUGAGCGCAAAGAAUUCACCUCUUCAACGAUGUCCACCUCAAUGCCGAGUGCUGCGAGUACGCCAAAGCCGGUAUUAAAGCGUAGCAUGUCGCAACAGAACGAACCGUGUCCAUACUGCGAACGAUGCUUCGGUAUGAAAGCAUACGAUCGCCAUGUAGAGUGGUGUCGCGAGAAAGCGCUGCUGAACAGAAAUGUCAACAACAACCAAAGCAUAUCAGCAGCGAAGGAAAGGCUUCAGGCUAGAAUUCAGUACAAAGCACCACAAAUUCGAUCGAAACGAGCCUUAAAUCGAGAGAAAUAUUCCGGAAGUUUGAGCUGCGGUGGUUCAACGAACAGUCUUGCCGAGCUAGAUUUGCACAUGCCGCGUCACAAUUCGAUGAGCUCAUCCGUCUCAAGCGAUAAUGGAUACAGCCCUGACCGGUACGAUCCAUUCCUGUCCGCUAGGCGACAGCUGGAGGAGUUGUUUUCUCCUACCACGUCGUUGAUAAAUGCCAGCACCGCCGGCACUACUACCAGCACCUCACGGCUCAAUCAAAUGAGCACCAGUGGUGGUAUUCCAUCCGAUAAAGCGAGCAAUGGUGGUGCAUCGAAAAAUGCGCACCACAAUUCAAACUUCCGUCGAGCGUACUCCUUGCGAAUGCCACGCAAGGUUUCUCGCCCGAUGUAUGUGGAGAAAGCCAAAUCUAACAUACAGAAGGGCAUCACCGACGAUGGACCGGUGUCGCCCAAUUUCCUCAAAUCCUCCGAGUACGACGAACUCCCGAUCAAAUCGACCUUUAAUGCUCUGCAGAUGGCGGAACCGAAACCGAAACUACGCGACUCCAGCACGGUGCGCAAGAAUCUCAAACUCGAUAUCAAGGAUCCAAACAAUCCGGCCGGUGGUGAGAUACCGCUGUCCAAGACGGAUUCGUUAGCCGUAUUUCUUAAGUACGAAAACGAGCUAGCAUUCAGCGAAAAGGAUAUGAAAGACAAGAGCAACAGUCUCAGCAAACGGACGUCAUCGUUAAGCGCCGAAGCGAGUCAACAGAAGCAGAAACAAGACCUGCUAAACAUUGUUCAAUCUUCGGUGAAAAGUAAUGAAUCUUCAGCAAAUGAUGAGGAACAACAAAAGACUGCGAAGCGAAGUAUACAGCAACCAGCAGCGGAGGACGAUACGGUUAAAAAGCAUCCGCAAAAAUUGGUUCCAAUAAAGCUAGAACCAAUCAACAUCACUUACAGCAGUAAUAAUACGACCGAAGUCGCUAACACUAAACCGAUGGUUAUAUCGCUGGACGCAAUUAUUGGAAAGCCUAGUAUUACGAAACCUAAGGAACCACAAGUGGACAAUGAUAACCGUGCUGACAGCAGCUACAUCGAUCCAAAGCUUAUAAACAAAUGUGAUAAUUUACCGAUAAAUCUGGUCAAAGCUUCAACUAAGGGUGUAGAUGAUAGUUGCAUCGGCAGCAUGUCUGCGGAAGGGAAGAAACUCACACUAAAAACCUUGGAACCGAAACAGGAACGAUCGGUUGCUCCGCCUCCACCACCACCGCGGGCCUCUAUCGGUGUGGCACCGAAGCCACCGGAACGCACUCGUAUCGAAACUAGUUUCGAUUACAGCAAAGCUAACGACGGACCCAACAGCAGCAGUGCUGAAAGCAGCACAAGCGACCACAGUAGUCCCGCAGCAAGUCAUUCCUCCAGCCCAGUGGAUAAUAGAAUAAGCAAAAAUAGUACAAACUGUGACAAACGACCACAGCUCAGCCGGCAAGAUCGGGAAGAUUCGGGAUAUCGCACCGGCCAUGAGUCGGGAAAUUCUGAUGUCCAGGAGCAGCCGAGAAAAUCUUCUAUCACAUCACCACCAUUAAAGAUUGGUGAUAAUUAUAUUCCCAAAAGUACGGUUGUGCAACCAACCUAUAAUAUGACCAGGUUGAAAUCACCAUCUUCGUACCUGGCGAACCUUAACAACACACGAUCACCUCCUUCAAGCAAUACCGCACCGUCCACACCUUCGGUUUGCCGGGAAAGAUCAGUCAUAUCUUCGGCGUUGGAGCAAUUCGAUGUUGAUGAGUUUAUGCAGUCGUUGGAGGAUUUGCAUCGACGCUCGCCAGUCAGCGCAAAAGAAUAUAAGCAUUCAUUGUUUACCCGUACCGACAGUAGUCGCCGUACAGUAUCCAGCCACAGCGAUCAAAGCAAUGGCAAACGGAGUCAUAGUCUCGAUAUUGGUGGUCAUAGAGACCAUGCCGUUGUUGUUAACUCAAUGCACCACCACGUAAACAGUAAUGAGAGUAGUGGCGUGCCACGAGUGGAUAUGUGUGUGCGGAAUGGUAGCGGCACAGCCAGUAAUAAUAACAGUAGCAAUAGUAGUAGUAGCUUUAGUAGUCCUAGCCAUUACAGUAAUAGCAUCAACAACAGUAACACUUACUAUAACAGCAAACCGAUUAAUACCCAAAAUCCAAACAAUCACAGCACCACUGCUGGCAAUGGUCAGGAGCAUUCAAAGGGUCCAGAAACCGUUCAUCCGCCUAUCCAUCACCAACGGAGCAACAUCACCCGUCGAAGGAUGAGUGAAGAUUCAGCUGCCAUUUCGCUUCCCGCUGUACCAGCGUCAGAUAACAAUAAUGGGUCCAGUGGUGGUACUUCCUUGUCGGGAAUGCAGAACUUACCUAGCAUUCAUAGGCCCACAACAGCAGCAGACCCGUUGCAGAACGGAAGUAGUAAGAAUGUGCAACAAACGGCACAUCCCUACCACUCAUCACCGAGUCCCGUAAAUGGUAGGAAGAAUAGCUACAACAGUAACAAAUCAUACCAUGCUGCUAACCAUACUGGCACAUCAUCAUCAACUCCAACUUCGUCCCAUCUAACCGGAUACAUGUACGAAGCACGGUACCCAACGGAAUCGUUCGAUCAUCUCGAGCGCGAUCUACUGAAAAGCGUACAGGAACUGAAUCGGAUGUGCGGUUCCUCGUCGUCCGUUUGUUCGAUCGAUUCCGAGGAAUUGUACAGCGUCGAGGACUACCCGUUGAAUAAGCGUUCGUCUGAACGAUCGCAGGCCAGUGCUGAUUCAGCGUAUCGCAGCAGUCUAUCCACGCAGUCACCACCAGACUAUGCACCACCCCCUGUGCCAAUACGCCAGACACGACCGAGUUCGCGCAGCUCUACCACCAGUCAAAUGCAAGCGGCGCCGCCAACCAACACACUAGACAGCAACUCCUUCAGUAGCGUUCCGCUUCACACAUCUCUUCCGCCGAUAACCAGUGCCUCUAUCAAGGGUCACCAGAAGCAUGAAGUGCAUCCCCUCAAGGAUAAUUCCGAUGGGAUUCCUAACUUGAUCAUGAAUCCUAUGUCCAAAUUUUGUCAUGAGUGUGGUGCACGGUUUAUGAUUAGUAGUGCAAAGUUUUGCAUGUCAUGCGGUGUGCGACGAAUUACGUUGGAUUAG